AUGGGAAACGUGUUCUCAGUCUCAAUCUCUACCGAGGACAUAGCUGGUUGUUGUUGUGAUUACACUGCUGCUCGAGCAAAUUACCUAUGCAAGCUUGAAGAAAAUCGGGUUACUUUGAGAACAGAUCUUCAAAAAUUAAGGGAGUUGAAGAACGAUGUGAAUAGGAAGGUGGAUGUGGCUGAGAGGCAACAAAUGAAGCGUCUGGAUCAAGUACAAGGAUGGAUUUCCAGGGUGGAAGCUAUGGAAACCGAAGUCGGUCAACUGAUUGGAGAUGGUGCAGAGACCAUUGAGGAGAAACGAUUAUGUGGCAGUUGCUAUCCCAAGCAUUGCAUCCCCAGCUACACGUUGGGAAAAAAAGUGGUCAGGAAUCUACAAGAUGUGGCUACUUUAAUGAGCGAAGGACGUUUUUUUGAGGUGGUGGCUGAUAUUGUACCUCCAGCUCCUGUGGAGGAAAUACCCAGCCGACCCACUGUGGGCUUGGAAUCAACAUUUGACAAAGUUUGGAGGAGUCUCGAAGAAGAACAUGUGGGGAUGAUCGGCUUAUAUGGGUUGGGGGGCGUUGGGAAGACCACCUUCUUGACACAAAUCAACAAUCAUUUCCUUAAAACAUCCCACAGUUUUGAUGUCGUAAUUUGGGUAGUGGUCUCCAAAACUCCAAAUCUAGAGCGGGUUCAGAAUGAGAUUUGGGAGAAGGUGGGAUUCUGUGAUGAUAAAUGGAAAAGCAAAAGCCUCCAUGAGAAAGGCAAAGACAUCUGGAAAGCCUUGAGCAAAAAGAGGUUUGUGAUGUUGCUGGAUGACAUGUGGGAGCAAAUGGACAUGUUAGAAGUAGGAAUUCCACCUCCUGACCAACAAAAUAAGUCUAAGUUGAUAUUCACCACUCGAUCUCAGGACUUGUGCGGCCAAAUGGGAGCUCACAAGAAGAUAGAAGUGAAAUCUUUAGCAUGGAAGGAUUCGUGGGAUUUGUUCCAAAAAUAUGUGGGAGAGGAGACCCUUAAUUCUGAUCCAGAAAUAUCUGAGCUAGCUGAAAUGGUUGCAAAAGAGUGUUGCGGUUUGCCGCUGGCGAUAAUUACCAUAGGGCGAGCCAUGGCUUCUAAAGUGACACCCCAAGAUUGGAAGCAUGCAAUUAGAGUUCUACAAACAUCUGCUUCAAAUUUUCCAGAAGAUUUUUUCAUAUUGAAGGAAAUUUUGAUAUAUAAAUGGAUUUGUGAGGGAUUUUUAGAUGAAUUUGAUGACACGGAUGGAGCCAAAAAUCAGGGAUUUAGCAUUAUCAGCACUCUCGUUCAUGCAUGUCUACUCGAGGAACCUUCAGAUAUUAAAUGUGUAAAAUUGCAUGAUGUUGUACGUGAUAUGGCCUUAUGGAUAACCGGUGAAAUGGGGGAGAUGAAGGGAAAGUUUUUGGUACAAACAAGGGCCGGUUUGACCCAAUCACCUGAGUUUGUCAAAUGGACGACCACAGAAAGGAUUUCACUAAUGGACAACCGAAUUGAGAAGUUAAUAGGAUCACCCACAUGCCCCAAUCUCUCGACACUUCUUCUGGAUUUGAAUAGUGAUUUGCAGAUGAUAAGCAAUGGUUUUUUCCAAUUUAUGCCAAAUCUAAGAGUGUUGAGCUUAUCAAACACCAAAAUAGUUGAGUUACCAUCAGAUAUUUCUAAUUUGGUUUCAUUGCAGUAUCUUGAUUUAUCUAACACAGAGAUAAAGAAGUUACCAAUUGAGAUGAAGAAUCUUGUAAAAUUGAAGACUUUGAGAUUGUGUUCAUCUAAACUCUCUUCAAUUCCACGAGGACUAAUAUCAAGUCUUUUAAUGCUGCAAGCUGUUAGCAUGUACAGGUGUGGACCUUAUAAUCAAGUAGUUGAAGGAAGCAUUGAAUCAUAUGAUAAUGAGUCCUUGGUAGAGGAAUUGGAGGGUUUGAAAUACUUGACGGAUUUAGGUAUCACCAUAGCAAGUGCCUCUGCGUUUCAGAGAUUUUUAAGUUCUAGAAAGUUACCGAGUUGCACUCGUGGAAUCAACCUCAAGAUGUUCAAGGGUUCAAGCUCACUCAACCUAUCAUCUUUCGAAAAUAUGAAGCAUCUCAAUGGGCUUACGAUGGAAGAUUUUGAUAGUUUGAGAGAGAUUAAGUUUGAUUGGGCACCAGGGAAAGGAAAGGAAACAAUGGAGUAUAUCAAUCUCAACCCAAAGCUCAAAUGCUUCCAUGGCCUUCACGGAGUGGACAUCAAUAGAUGCCAGAUGUUGAAGAAUCUGACAUGGCUUAUUUUUGCCCCAAACCUCCAAUAUCUUAGAAUAGGACAAUGUAAUGAAAUGGAAGAAGUGAUAGGUAACGGUGCAAAUGAUGGAGGAAACCUGAGCCCAUUCACAAAACUCAUACAACUGAAGUUAAAUGGUCUACCCCAACUGAAGAAUGUGUACUGGAAUCCCCUGCCCUUUCUUUACCUUGACAGAAUUGAAGUAGUUGGGUGUCCAAAGCUGAAGAAGCUACCACUCAACUCCAACAGUGCCAAUCAAGGUAGAGUUGUGAUAGUAGGAAAGCAAGAGUGGUGGAAUGAGUUAGAAUGGGAGGAUGAAGCUACUCUAAAUACUUUCCUUCCUAGUUUCCAAGCAAUAUAA